GCGUGGAUUGAGCGACUCUCCCUGAAUCAUGGCGGCCUCCGCUUCUACGCACCCGGGCACUGACAGACGACGCUACUGCCGAGGCCUGGAAGCAGGCCGAGAGAGACUGGAGGAUGACGGCGUUCAGACCCUCACUUCGGUUGAGCAGACAAAGGUAGAGAACAUAGUCCAAGAUGUCUUCAAUGCUUACAAGACGAAUCAUCAUGACUCUCAGUUUGUUUUGCAACGGGAAAAGCACUUCCACUAUCUGAAGAGAGGGCUGAGGCAACUGACAGAUGCUUAUGAGUGUCUGGACGCCAGCCGCCCGUGGCUGUGCUACUGGAUCCUGCACAGUCUGGAACUGCUAGAGGAGCCCAUCCCAGACUCUGUAGCUUCAGAUGUGUGCCAAUUUCUGAGUCGCUGCCAAAGCCCAAGAGGAGGCUUUGGAGGAGGACCGGGCCAGCAUCCGCAUCUUGCUCCAACAUACGCUGCUGUCAAUGCUCUCUGCAUCAUUGGCACUGAAGAGGCAUACAAUGUUAUUAACAGGGAGAAGCUUCUGGAGUAUCUGUAUUCCUUGAAGCAGCUUGAUGGCUCCUUCAUCAUGCAUAUAGGAGGGGAAGUAGAUGUCCGGAGCGCCUAUUGUGCUGCAUCAGUAGCUUCUCUUACCAACAUUAUCACACCAACACUUUUUGAAGGGACAGCAGAGUGGAUAGCAAGGUGUCAGAACUGGGAAGGUGGGAUUGGAGGAGUCCCUGGCAUGGAGGCCCAUGGUGGAUAUACUUUCUGUGGACUGGCAGCAUUGGUCAUUCUGAAAAGGGAACAUGUAUUGAAUCUGAAAAGCUUAUUACAUUGGGUUACAAGCCGUCAGAUGCGAUUCGAAGGAGGCUUUCAGGGCCGUUGUAACAAGCUGGUGGAUGGCUGCUACUCAUUCUGGCAGGCUGGCUUGCUACCUCUCCUACAUCGAGCACUACAUGCCAGAGGCGAACCUGCCCUCAGUAAGACACACUGGAUGUUUGACCAGCAAGCACUGCAGGAGUACAUCCUGCUAUGUUGCCAGUGUCCUGCAGGGGGCCUCUUGGACAAACCUGGCAAGUCACGGGACUUUUACCAUACCUGCUAUUGCUUGAGCGGCCUUUCAAUAGCACAGCACUUUGGCAGUGGGGACUUCCUCCAUGAAGUUGUGCUAGGAGUGCCAGAGAACCGCCUGCAGCCUAUACAUCCUGUAUACAAUAUCUCCCCUGACAAAGUGAUGCAAGCUGUAAUGUACUUUCUGAAGAAGCCUGUUCCGAACAGAGAGAAGACUGCUGCUGAUUAAUAGGAGCUGCUGCCCUUGCUAAAUGCUGUGAUGCAUCUUCCUACCAUUCAGCACAUGGCGCUGCAAAUUGUCUCAGCCACCAUGGAGCCCAUCUACAGAGUUAACUUUCUCGUUUUUACAAAAUUGGGCUUGACUGUAUGCGUCUUUUUUUUUGUAUGUGUGAGAGCUCUGCUAGCCAUACCAAAAACAAGCAGUGUUGAGUACCUGAUAGCAAAUUGGUUGCGUGAUGGUAUAUGGUUAGAUGUGCUGGUUGCUCACUAGCAGGAGCGGUUUUGGUUUCCAAACAAAGGAGCAUGUUAAUAUUUUUAGUGUCUGGCAAACCAGCCCUGUUGCUGCACUUGCACUAUGCUGUAUACUGGUCUGGCUGCAGAUGCCCUACUCUAGACCCCAUUUAGGCAAUACGAGUUUUGUCCAUUUUACACUCCCUGAGAUAUUUCAAGCACUAUGGGCCAGGAGGUGAGACUCCAGUUUAUAAACAAAGAGUAUUCCAAAUCAACAGAUCAGAAAUAAACAAGUUUAGACAAAGAAUAGUAGACACAUUCCUUUGUCUAUGAGCUGCUGGAGCAUACCAGGGAGCACUCCCUUUCUUAUGAUAUAAAAUUGUGCCUAGAAGCUCUGUUUUGGCACUGAUUGAAGGCAAGACUCUUGGAUAAAACUUUUCACUGCAAAUUAAUAUCCCUCCUGGGGAAAAUUGACAAUAUGUUUCUGCAUUUUAUUAAAGAUAUACUAAUUCCUUUCUUA